AUGUCCGGUCCCCGUCGAAGCCCCAACAAUGCCGGCUCGCCGCCGCCUUCCUCGCCGCCGAUUACGCACGAUGACAUGCAAGAGAAUGAUAUCGGAAGCACGGCCGCUCCCACCGGGGCCACCCCUGCGUUGUCGUCGCCGAUGGACCACAUUCUCAUCUUCGGCCACGGUCGCUUCCAGAAGCGCGUCCUGUUCUGCACCACGCUGGCAUUCUUCGCGGCCGUCACGCACGUCAGGUCGCCCGCGAUCCUGGCACGUCCCGUGGACCACUGGUGCAAGCCUCCGACCGACUACGCCUACAUGACCGUCGGCGCGUGGAAGAACGCUAGCGUGCCGCUGGAGGCCGACGGCAAGACGCGCAGUGCGUGCCUCCGGUACGAGCCGCCGAUACCCGACUCGGAGGACGUCGAAAACCGCACCAAGGUCCCUUGUGACGCCGGCUGGGACUACGACGUCGACGUCGACUCGGGAGUGAUCUCCAUCGUGAUUGAGUGGAACCUGGUGUGCGGCCGCCGCUGGAUCUUACGCGUGCUUUCCGCGGUCUACUUACUGGGAGGCGCCGCGGGAGCUCCGCUGGCUGGCGUUGUGGCCGACGCUGUAGGUCGCCGUCCCGUGCUCUGCGUGUGGCUAUUCCUGGUAAUGUUCUCCGGCGUCUCGCUGGCCUUCGCUCGAACCAUACUGGUGUUCGCCACCCUUCGCGCCCUCCUAUCUGCGUCGGUCACCAGCGUCCUGGUAACUUCGCUGGUGGUCCUCUUCGAGGUCACCGACACCCGGCACCGUGCUUUCUUCUGCAGCCUGGCCAUGGCAUCGGCAUUUUUCAUGGCGGCGCUGUACGGCGAGAUCAUCUUCCACUUCGAGCUCAGCUGGUACGCGUCUCAGAUGGCCUUCAUGGUUCCCACGAGCGUGCUGGUCUUGGCCGUGUACAUGAUAGACGAGUCCCCGUGCUGGCUUCUGGCCGUGUCGAACAAGAGGCGAGCCGAACAGGUGCUGUCCUGGGCGGCGCGCGUGAACAGGAUGGACCCGGACGUCUUCAAGGAACGCCUGUCCGAGCUCAAGGCGGAGCUCAAGAAGCAGCAGGGACCGCAGCAAGCGUCAAGCGGCACCCCAUAUGUUCUAUCUCCCGAACAAGUCGCAGAGGUGCACGCCAUCGACCUGCUUGUCAACCAACAGCUGCGCAAGCGGACGGCCAUCAUGCUCGGCUGCUGGUUCCUCUGCUACGCCGUCUUCUUCAACCUCUCCACGCUGCAAGUGAUGCUCACCGACAUGUCUGCGCGCUUCGUCCUCACCUCCCUCAAGCUGACCGGUAUCCUGGUGGACGUGCCCAUCAUCAUGCGCGCUGGCCGCCGCCGCUCCCUGGCCUUCAGCAUGGUCGCCCUGUCCGCGCUGUCCAUCGCCCUGGCGCUCAUCCACGUGCUGCGCGCUCCCGACCCUCUGCUCGUCGGCGUCGUCGUCUCCUCGCUGCUCGUCUUCGACAUGUGCCUCAUCGCCCUGUUCCUCAUCUCGGCCGAGCUCUACCCGACCGUGGUGCGGGCGGCGGGGCUCGCCUUCGGCUACGCCUCCGGCCUGCUGGGCACGUUCGCGUCCACCUUCGUCGCCGACAUCCGCCAGGCCGAGCUCAAGGGAGCAGUGUACGGGGUGGCAGCGGUGCUGCUGCUAUACGUGGGCGUUAUGGCGAUGGGGCUGCCUGAGACCACGCAGCUGCAGCCGGCCAACACGAUCCGCGACAUGGAGGCCGACCGGUGGGCCCUGCGCACGCCGCUCAGAGUGGCGCGGGGUGCCGCGCAAGGGAGCGUCAAGCGCAAGCGUCCCCGAGGCUUCAACCGCGAGCGGAGCAGCAGCCGAAGUCCAGAAGUCUUGUCGCCGCGCAGGCGGGAAAAAGUGACUCGCUGA